UGACCUGAAAUGUAGAGUUAUCUCCUAGGAAUUUUCGGGUGCUGCGAGCAGUUGCCAGUAGUACUGCCUUUUGCAUGUGAUUAUAUAGAUGUUCGCCAGUUCCUAGUUGUUUAAGGUAUUCCAGUAGACUCUUUGGUAUUACACCCGUUGUCGAUGUAACAAUUGGGAUGGUCUGAACAUUAUCCAUUCUCCAUUGCCUUCCGAUUUGAAUUUCUAGAUCUCUGUAUUUGGCGAUUUUCUCAGUGUGUUUCUUUUGCAGAUUAUUGUUGUUCGGUAUGGCUACGUCAAUUAGAGUUAUUUUUCUGGAAAUUUUAUCUAUUAAAAUAAGAUCUGGUCUAUUAUGCCUUACAUUGCUUGCCACGCGUACGGCUGAGACUACUGUGGGCGAACAGACCACAGGCAUCAAAACUACUCGUGGCACGCCUCAAGGAGGGGUAACUUCACCCUUACUAUGGAGUCUAGUAGUCGAUGAACUACUUGAGAUAUUGACAAAUCUCGGUUUCACCUGCAUAGGAUAUGCUGAUGAUAUCGUUAUUGUAGUCAAAGGCAGGUAUAAGGGCACUUUAUACGACCUCAUACAAAGAAGCCUAAGCAUCACGGAAGAAUGGUGCACAUCAGUGGGGCUGAGCAUAAAUUCAGCGAAAACUACUAUCGUACCAUUCACUCGUAAAAGGAAAAUGCAACCCACCAGGGACAUCCACCUGGGCGGACAAGUUGUACAUACAUCGGAUGAAGUAAAAUAUCUAGGAGUGACACUGGAUAGUAAGCUUAGUUGGAACAAGCAUCUAGAAUUCACAGUAAACAAGGCCACUAAAGCCAUUAUGAUCUGUAGGAACCUAGCGGGUAAAAACUGGGGAUGCUCCCCAAAAAUACUGCGAUGGAUGUACACCAAGAUGGUUAAACCCAUAAUCACAUAUGGGGCAGUGGUGUGGCAUGACACUACAAAGUUAAGUACAGUAAGGCGAAAACUUGACAAGGUUCAAAGACUUGCAUGCGUAUGCAUUACAGGAGCUAUGAAAACAUGCCCCACAGCAGCACUGGAGGUCAUAGUUAACCUGGCACCUCUUCACCUGGCAGUAGAGGGAGCUGCUAAAAGGGCCAUGUUCAGAUUAGCAAGGGAUAGAACGAACAGUAGGGACAUUGAUCAGAGAGCCUGGGUAUCUCAAACAAGAUCCAUUCCCCUGUUCGAUCUUCCCAAGGACGAAAUAACUCGGGAAUGUCACUUUGUUAGGAAUUUCAGUACAAAAAUUGACAGCAAAAGUGACUGGGAAAAUGGAUCUGUCGCCCGCUCACUUAAACAGAAUACUAUCAAAUGGUACACAGAUGGUUCUAAAACCGAAAAAGGAACAGGAGCUGGAGUAUUUGGGCCUGGCACCAAAUACUCAGAGCCACUGGGAAAAUAUACCAGUGUCUUUCAAGCGGAAAUACACGCUAUAGAAAGAUGCGCUCAAUUAAUCCUGAACAAAGACUACCUCAAGCAGGACAUCGCAAUCUUCACCGACAGUCAAGCAGCCAUAGCAGCACUGAGUUCACAUGUCAUCAGUUCUAAAAUGGUAAGAGACUGUUUGGGCAAACUUAAUGAGGUAGGAAAGAGAAAUAAAGUCACAAUAUUGUGGGUACCUGGACAUACAGGCGUGCAAGGUAACGAAGAAGCCAAUAUUCUGGCAAAAAAGGGAUCUGGUUCUCAAUUUGUAGGACCGGAACCUUUCUGCGGCAUAGGAAAGAAUACUUACCUAUAUGAGCUUACAAAAAUGGAGGAUCAACUCAGAGAAAGCCUCUGGGAUGAUCAUCCAGGGUUGAGACACUCCAAGAUGUUCCUUGGAACCCUCGACCCAAAAAAAUCUAAAGCUCUAGUAAGUUUAACUAAAACUAAACUACGGAUUGUAACAGGAUUCCUAACAGGGCACUGUCACCUUUGAGAACACCGCAGGAAACUAAAACUAGAACAGACAGGUGAAUGCAGAUUCUGUGGGGAAGAGGAAGAGACCCCAGAACACCUAGUAACUACAUGCGAAACAGUUGCCGAAAGUCGUGCCAUGCACCUCGGUAAUUAUGAAAUUCCAGAAGGAAAUAUCUCAUUACUGGAACCGUCACAACUACUAGCCUUUAUUAAAGCCAUAGGAUUGUACGAAGUAAUUUGACUUGAGAAUAACAUCAAGCAGUAAUUAUAAAGGGGCACACAAUAGAUCUUUUAGGUCGCAGUGAAACUUCACCCUUAUUUUAAUCUAAUCUAAUCUAAUCUAAUGCCUUACAUGUUGAUCGGUAAGUACACUACGGUCCCAAUAUAACUUAUAUCGGUCAUUUUCCACUACGGGUUCUGGAGUAUAUUUAUAAUACGGAACCUUCUCUGUUGUAAUAAGUUCCAACUUCAUUGCCAGCUCUUGAUGUAAAAUUUUUCCAGCUGAGUCGUGCCGCUCUUUGUAUUCUGUCGCUGCAAAGGCCUGACAUCCUCCUGUUAUGUGUUGGAUUGUCUCUGAUGUUUGGCAUCCAUACCGGCAUUUGUCGUUUUGUACGGACGGAUCUCUGACGAUGUGCUUGAGAUAAUUUCUUGUUGGUAUAACCUGAUCUUGGAUGGCGAGUAGAAAGCCCUCGGUUUCUGGAAACAUCUUGCCUGAUGCCAACCAAUAGUUCGACGAAGCAGUGUCAUGAUUUUGGCUGAUCUCAUUAGGAUGCCGCCCAUGAAGGGGCUUCUCCAUCCAGAUGCGGAGUUUCUCCUGGUAGCUGCGCGCUUCCUCGCUCUUAAGUUGUAGAGGAGUGGAAUCGUCUAUUUGAUUUAUUGCGCGAUGCAGCGUGGAAUUUUCUCCUUGCCUGUAAAAAUAGGAUCUUAAGUUAGUGAUUUGUUUUUCAAGUUGUUUACCCAGAUCUACCAAGGUGGCGGGGAAGCAUUGUUCUUUCAGUGGCACUUCAAGGGUGGUGGUUGUGCGUUUUAGUAAGUAAGGUCCUCACUUUUCUUUGUAGCCUUUCUAUGUCUGUCCUACUUCAAUUAAUUACGCCAAAAGAAUAACUAAGAGCUGAACAUGCGUAGGAGUUAAGUGCCUUAAACAUAUUUUUGCUGUUGAGAUUGGUUCUCAGAACUUGUCUUUUGUUACAGGUUUAAUCUCCAACAGAUAUAUUAAUUGAUUUAUUAAUUUUUUUUACCAAGAUAAAGUAAAUCGCAACCAUAGUUUCAUAAAAUAAUUUAUUUAAAAAUCAUACAUAAAUAUACAUACUACACAGAUAUGAUACCGUUAAGAUGGUCCCUCCUAACAUACCCGAUCUGAAACGCAAGGAAAACCAUUAUUGGAUGAGGAAAGUAAAUAAUAAUAUGGGAUAUUGUUUCAUUGUUUUGUUGAUUGAAUAGAAUUAGGAACUGCCAUUGAUUUUGCAUUGAUUUUACCUUGCAGGUCAAUUUGGCCUAUUUUAGAUUUUAAUGAA